AUGUAUCUCCCAAAUACCCAAAGUAUUUUGACCGCAGGUCUCGCUAUGACCGGCACCCUCACCAAACCAAAAGAAGUAGCCUCCGGACACGUCCUCGACUACGCGGUUGAAAGCUGUCUCGACAGCGACAACAACCAACGCUGCACGGCGCCCUUCCUCGUGACGGGCGAUUCCUGCUACAAAAUUGAAUGGAGCACCGACGGCGUGCUGUCUCACACUACUGUCGAAGUACGUGAUGCGGGCAGCGACGAGAUCGUGUAUUAUCGCGAUACGAAUGGCGAGUGGGAGAGUAAGAAGGGAGAAUUGGUGUAUUUGGAUUUCAAACCAAAGGUGCCAGGACAGGGGAAUAAUACGGUGGAUUGGAGUGUUACUACUUGUAAAUAGGUUUGGGGUGGGAUGUGUAUGGGUGGGUAAACGGAUUGGAGAGGGUAUUGGCGUAUCAAGUGGUAUUGGUGUGUAAUGGGGCGAAUGUAAUGUACGAUAACUAAUGUAAAGUUGA